GACGGUAUGUUUAGAAACAACGGAGGAGUUUUUAAUUAAGAAAAGUGAGUGAUUUUAAAAAAACUUGUCCGGUUGUUUUAUACUCUGGUAGCGCUGUUGCAGUCUGCGGAGACGGGGGAGUUCACAUCACAGCGAUAUUUAAAUCAGACUUUUGUUUUAAAGCGGUUCGUUAGCUGUGAUGUUACCUUUAUGCUAACGCUACUUCAGCAUCAACGGUAGAGAGUCGCCAUGGCACAGAGAAAGAGGCUGUCCAACACACAGAGCUCCUCUCAGAGCAAGAGACAAACUGGCACCUUCGUGACUCAGGAAGAAGAUGAGGACACGACCUUCACUCAGCCGAGUACGUCACAGGUCCAGAGAGGGCUGGAGAAGCUCUCAUCUGCACAGGUCGACCAGAAGACAGCUGAGGUGGUGCAGUACUUCUUGGUGAGGGACCAAAAGAAGAUUCCUGUUCGCCGAGCAGACCUUGUGAAACAGGUGGUACAGAAGGAGUACAGAAACAUCUACCCUGAGAUCAUGAAGAGAGCAGCACGUACUUUUGACGAGGUGUUUGGUCUUAAAAUGGUUGAAAUCGAUGCCAAAAACCACAUGUACAUACUCAUCAAUAAGUUGGAGACUGUGGAGGGAGAAUCACCGAUAAAUAGUCCGACCAAUCCAAAGAUGGGGCUGCUGUUUGUGAUCCUGAGCCUUAUUUUCAUGAAAGGAGGCACUGUCAGAGAAAACCUCAUCUGGAACACACUGAAGAAACUCCGCGUUGACCCCGGAGAGAAACAUGACGAGUUCGGAGAUGUGAAGAGGGUGGUCACGGACGAGUUUGUGCGUCAAAGGUACUUGGAGUAUGUGAAGAUCCCUCACACAGAGCCAGUGGAGUACGAGUUUCGAUGGGGUCAACGUGCCGACGUGGAAGUGUCGAAAGCCAAAAUCCUUGAGUUCAUGGGACAGCUUCAUGACCAGGACCCUCAGGGCUGGAGCCAGCAGUACAGAGAAGCCCACUCCACCUCCAACACGUCACAGGCCAGCACCAGCAGCCAGAGAUAACCUCUAUUACCACUUCCUUUACUUCACUUUGAAAUUGUAUUUAUUUAGGUGUUGAAAGAUGCUGAAAGAGAGCAUCAAUUUAUUCUUUUUAAUGUGUUCAAAUCUGUUACAAAGCCAAAAAACUGAACUAUCAUUUAAAUUCCAGAUUAUAUAAUUCAUAUUACACACAUUUGUACAUUCAUACUUUUACCUUUUUAGUCUUGCCGUUUCUUUUAAAAAAUAACAUUUAAUCUCACACACGAUUUGUCAGGUAUCCAUUUUAAUUUUAUUUUCUGCAUUUUAAAAAGGUAACAGUUAUUUGUUCAAAUUCUGAAAAUAAAAUCUUUUUUUUAAUAGAUUCUACAUUUCUACAAUGAUUGCAUUGAUAAAACAUUGUCUUUUCAUUCAUUUCUCGCUCACAACAAGACGGUUCAUGUACCUCUUUGACAUCCCAGUUGCUACAUAUCAUUAUCAUUAUUACUACAGAGCUCAGGAUACACAGGCACAGUUGCACAUUUAUAUAAAGAGAAAAGCAGUUUGAGCACACAGAAAACACGAGUUGACAGAUUUGCUACCGUUGCGACAGUCAGAACUGAACGUGUUUUAAAGGGACGACUCGAUAAUUUAGACUCUAGAAACACUUGUCACAUUGUGUGAAAAGAAGUACAUGCAUUUAUUUACACGGACAUGUGCUGGCAUCCCUUUUUAUUACUCUCUUUUUUAAAGUAAAA